UACUCACCUUCUCACCCUUACUCACUUUUCAAACCAUCAAGAUGUCUGAUCUCCUCAGAUCGCUUGGGUUUGUUCAUACAUACAUUUCCUCCAUCCAUAGAGAGCCUGCCAUCAUAAAUCAUCAUCGCUAUCUUGGACAUUUUGAUCAACGGCCCCUUGCUUUCCAAAUUCGUAUUGAUCCCCAUGAGUUUAUUCCUUUUGGCAUGGACAUCAUGCCUCUUAUCAGUGCUCUUGGCUGGGAGUUCCUAAUCAACCUUCCUGCUCAGCCAGCAUGUCCUGAACUAGUGAAACACUUUUAUAGCAAUCUUCGAUGUCUGGGGAUUCAGACUAAAAGAUUCUCUACUCUUGUUUAUGGACAUCUUUUGUCUAUCCCUAUGCGUGCUCUGAGCAUUAUUCUAGGGUAUCCUUCCACUGGUCUAGCUCUCUCUCAUACAUCUGAAAUGUGGAAGUUUGAUUUCAAUCUUCAUGUUGAAGGCUCCAAGUUCUCUGGACAGCCAGUUGACUCCUCCUUCGAAGUCUUCCCUGCAUCUCGCCUAUGUCCUAAACUAAGGAUCUUUCACUAUUUUCUGACUCGAGUGCUACUGCCUCGUGGAUACUCUAGAGAUCAAGUUCUUCCUCUUGACAUCUGGGUUUUGUCUCAUGCUACAGCCGGUCAGAAACUUGACUAUUGUUCACUUUUAUUCGGAGCUAUGAUCUCCCCAGGAGAUGGGUCUCUGCCUUUUGGAGGCAUUGUUACUUCACUUCUCGCAAACACAAAUAUCAACAUCUCUGGUUUUCGAUCUGAAUCACCUACCAUUCAUCUCAGUGCCAGAAAUGUUCUGACAUGUCUGGGGUUUCAUGUUCCUCCCUCUCCUACUCGAACUCCAUUGCGGGAUCCUUCCAACCUUGGCCUUUUAUUUGCUCUAAAUGACUCCUCAUCCGAGUCAUCGGAUGAAGAACUUGAAGCUGAUUCUAACUCUCCAGUUCCUGGCUCUUCUCAGUAGCGGAUGGCUGAUCUUAGGGGGAAACUUUUGUUGCAUAUUCCCAGGGGGAACUUUUGACUGCAGUAUUUCUCUUCAGAAUAUUAUGUGUCUUUCCAGUUCUAUUUGCAAUCUGUACACGAUUGCUAGACAUUUUGUGAUGUUUUAAGUACUUUGCAAUCCGUGGGUGAUUGCUGAACUUGAACUUGACUACUUUGGGUACUUUGCAAUCCAUGGGUGAUUGCUGAUUUUAUGUUGGUUCCCUGAUUUCUUUUGCUAUCAGUUAUGCUUGGGUAUGUUUGGCUGCUUUUUGUUUCGUUUCAGGAACUCACAAGAUAUGGAGGAACGGCUGAAGGGGGAAAUUGUGAGAUGACACCUCAGCCCAAAACGAUGCGUCUCGACCAAAACGUCGCCGCUGCCACUAGAGGACGCAGACUUCACCAAAGCCUCAAACGACAUCGCUGCCGCAUCAACCAUAUGACGCCGCUCUCAACUCAUCAGUGAUGCUUAUCUCUACGAUCCUUGGAGUGGCUUGGAUUGGCUUCGGUUCUAUCAGCCUUAUCCUUCAUCUUCUUCCUCAGCACCCAAAAGCAAAAGAGAGAACCGCUUUCUCCAAGCACCAGGAUUCCUACAAACCUUGUGCUUCUCAAAAGCAUGGCUACAUCAACGGACCUUCUUCAAACGGUCCUGAAGAUUUCUGCCUAUUUAAAGGCCAUCUCCAUAUGAAGAAGAGUAACGGUUGCAGCUUGAAUAGUAAAUCUAUUAGGUUGUC